AUGCUUCUUGUGCAAAAAAAAUCUGAGCCUGAUUCCAGUGAAAUAAACGAAGCAACUAGGCUCUUCUCUGGUUUAGCGGACCUCGAUUUUGAGCCUGGUUACAAUGAUCAUAUGUAUUUUCAAUAUUUGUCUAAUAUAUUAGAAAAGGGUUUUACAGUUGUUGAUCAUCCAUCCGAAGUUUAUAGGAUACCCGAUGCUCAUGAAUAUAUUGAUGAGAGUUUGCCUCUUCGCCUAGUUCUGGAUAUCGACGCGAGGCAAAAACCUGAUCCCAUGAAUCCCAAAUACCCUUCCUUAGAUGAAUAUAAAAUUUCUU